UCACCAUUUCUCAGGUGCCUCAUGGCGCGUAGAGUAUCCCAAUGCCCGCUGGACCCCACAAACACGCAUCAUGAACCCACGAUUUGUGUGCUUUUGACAAAGCACUUCCUGCUAUGCUACCGUUUGUUGUCGUCUGCUCUCUUCCUGUCUGCGAGAUGCUCCUCUAUCUUUGUCUUUCAAGGGGUCAUAGACCUCCAACUGCAGACAUACGCGGCCACAGAGCAUCCACGAUGUCAGUCGCUACUUCGCACCGCAUCUUUAGCUGCGUCCCAAGCAUAUGCCCUCGAAGAAUCGACCGGGAAUCGGAGGCCCCUUUUCGCCCAAGUCCCAUCAGUCUCAGGUAUUUCUUCAUCUGUCAAGCAGAUGUGAGCCACAGCAAAUUAGGAAGCUCUGUGUAGGUACACGUCACCCACGUGGCUGAAAACACUCACCCAAGUUUGGCAAAGCAGACCCCUCCUGGAGUGGCCUCGCGCCAACAAGCUCUCCAGUGUCGCUGCCAUCCACAGCGUCGCGUUCAUCCAUACCCCUCAUAUGCUUCAGCCUGUCGCGAAAAGACGUAAGUUUUUGCAUCACCUGCAACAUACCAUACACGGAGACGUGUACCUCUGUUUUUCCUGGCUGUCCAUCGCCAGUUCCCCUCCUGUCUGCGUACAUCUGCUUGGUGCUUCCUGUUUGUGCUUGUCCGCUUCCGCUUGAGAUAAGCUUCACGCUUUCGUUCCUUCAACAGAACCCAAGAAAGGAGUCGCAGAGACUAGUCUCGAUGCUACUUCGGUCAACGUACCCAUUCGCUCAGUACAUCUCCUUUCUCCACGUCCUUCACCGCCCUUGUCCCAGCAGCUUUCGAGCCCUGCAAUCACAACAGAGAGACAUUCGCUGCCUCGGACGUCUAUCGGACGUUUCUGGUAGCGAAUUGGUAGAUUCGUACCUCUCCCGCUUUCUCCACGGUCAGGGACUGUAUCUCUCUGCGCAGCCGGGCGUCUUCUUCCGUCAUGUUUCUGGACAUGCCCGGAUGAGGAAUAUGGUGUACGAUGCCCGGUGAGUGACGUAUCAUAUGCCUCACCGUUUUUUUUCUGUAUCGGGCGCCGGUUCGCUGUCUACAAAAACAAAGCCUCGCAUCAAUCGGUGUAUGCUGAGAUUCGUACUACUCACCUUUACGUUGAUCGACGACCGCUUCUCCAUUCAUGCCUUUGCCGAGCGAAGUAGGCAAACUCUUGAUGAGAAUAAAUCAUAGAACGACAAAAAAGCGUUGCUUCCUGUCGUUACUCACCCUGCCCGAAGGAAUUCCCUUCCGCUUGUCAUUGUCAGAGCUUCUUGCUGAACCGAGAAUCCAGCGCUUGAUGUCUGCUGCUGCUGCUGCUGAAUCAUCAUCAUGCGGUCUUAGCCGCUUUCCACCAUCGUCGUCAUCAUUCGCCUGUACUUGACUGAGUAGGCUGGGAUCAUCCAGCACAUCGUGAGCGCUCUUUCUUGCAACCUAAAGGAAGAAGGAGAGAGAAAGACGGAGUGGGAGGGAACGAGUUUCAGACACGUGUCUGACCAUACACUGAUGUCGAUGGCUUCCUUGUCCUCGUCAAAAGAAAGGAACGUCGCUUUCCUGAAAAGAAAGGGAUUAAUGGAUGCCUGCAGGAGCCCGAGGAACGGGCAGGUCCUCAUUACUUGAAUUUCAGUGCUUCCUUUUUCUGUCUUUUUGGCUUCGAUUCGUCGCUCCCACCGGCAUCCUGGGAAGGCACAAUCUCACACAUGAGACUGCUGUGUGAGAUUGUGCUCUCUUCCCUACCUGUGCUGGUGCUCGGCGGAGAACAAUAUCCUCAAAAGGAUUCCACAACACCUGAAGCCGAAAACGACGGCACAGGAGGUGUCGCGUCAUUUCUUGCCCUCACACGCACCUCUGUGCUUUUAAUGAACGGCGGAUCUCGUGGUCGGUCGUUGGAGUCUGUCUCAGCCUGGUAAGGUGUAGGGAGAAUUCUUUUCGGUACAGUAUCAUGUGCACAAUAUUCACCUCGCUCAGUUUCACAAGGUUGUAGGCUGUUGACCCUGUCAGCUGACGGAGAGCAACACGAAUGAACAGGUGGUCCUUCAGUCCGUUCUCCUACCUUGCCAAAAAGGGUAUGUUGGCCAGUGAGCCAGUCGCACCGACCUGUAAGAACCAGCGAGGUUAUAAGAACCAGCGAGGUUAGUGUGCCCUGGUUCGUCACAGCGCUGUGGGCACCGAGGGUAAUGAAGAACUGGCUUCCGUUGGUAUUGCUGCCUGAAUCCAAGGCCGACACGCUCACAAAAUGCCUCCAGUCCGUCUCCUUCACCUCGUACCUCUGCCAGCGUUGGCAACGCCAAGCAGCCCCCGAUAGCGAAACUUGAGCCGAGAAUGAAUCUCAUCAGGGAAAGGGCACCCAUAUAUCGACUCUCCACCUGCAUGGUAGGUACACGAUGUCAUCUGGCCUUGCUUGCACCUCCUUCUCACUCACCUUCUCCCGUCCCCGUCGGGUCGCCUCCCUGGACGCAGAAGUCCUUGAUGAUCCUGUGAAAGACGGUGUUGUCGUAGUAACCCUCUAGGCACAGCUGGACAAAGUUCCGGCAUGCUUUCGGGCAUUCCUUGGACCAAAGCUCAACAUCGAGAUCGCCGUGGCUAGUGUGGAGGACAACUUUUCCCUUUGUGGGAGGCUCCGACGUGUAUAUCUCGGACAU